UCUCUCCCCCAACCCACCCUUCUCGCAAUCACACAUCUCUUGCAUUCAUUUGCAAACCCGCUUGCUUACACCAAGGAACCAACCAGUAUCCGAUGGGAGAAACCGACGCCACCAGGAAUGGUCACAACUACGAUUCUGCGGAGCCCGCUGCCGAGCAGGGACGACCCCUCGAAUGGUAUAGGUGGUUUCAAUGAGAAGCCCCCCAUCAUCACAGCAACUAGUACUGCCAUUACCAGUACCACCAGCGCUACCUAUCUCAAGGACUCGCACACUGUCGAGCAGCAGCAGAAGGAGCAUCAGCUAGUCGAGAGAUUUCAGCAGGAAAAGGGACCCGAACACCAGCACGAUGCUCUUCGGCCCGUUCACUGCAUCCCCAUCAGCAGCCUCCGAAACACCUGGCAGACCGACCUUGACAAUGGUCUUUCCAAAAGCGAGGCCGCUGCCCGCCUCGAGCGUGAUGGCCCCAACGCUCUCGAGGGAGCCAAGGGCCUAUCCGUUUGGGAGAUUCUCAUGAGACAGAUCUCGAACAGUCUGACCCUCGUUCUCGUGAUCGUUAUGAUCCUGUCCUUCGCUAUCAAGGACUACAUUGAAGGCGGUGUCAUCACCGCUGUCAUCGUGCUCAACAUCGUCGUUGGUUUCGUUCAGGACUAUCGCGCUGAACAGACCAUUCAGUCGCUAUACGCCCUGUCGGCCCCCACCUGUAAAGUCGUUCGCGACGGCAACAUUGAGUCCGUCAAGGCCGAGACCCUCGUCAAGGGUGAUCUCGUCAUGAUCUCCGUCGGUGAUGUCGUGCCUGCCGAUCUUCGUCUCCUCGACGGCAUCAACCUGUCUUCCGACGAGGCACUGUUGACCGGCGAAUCGCUUCCCACUAGUAAGCAUCCCGAGGCUAUUUUCCACGACGCGGACCUCCCUCUGGGUGACCGCCUCAACAUGGUCUACUCAGCGACCACCAUCACCCGCGGUCGCGCUCGUGGUCUUGUCGCAGCGAUCGGUGCCGACACAGAGGUCGGCAAGAUCGCGGCCAUGCUGCGCACGACGCGCAAGAAGGUCGAGGGUGCCUCGCUCCCGGCUCGCGCCUGGUAUCGUUUUAAGGACGGUGCCAAGAGCAUUCUCGGCCUCGUUGGCACCCCCCUGCAGGUUAAGCUCAGCAAAUUUGCUCUGCUCUUGUUCGGCCUGGCCAUCCUGCUCGCCAUCAUCGUCUUCUCCGCCAGCAAGUUUGAGAUCAGCUCGCAGGUCCUCAUCUAUGGUAUCUGCGUCGGUGUCGCGGUUAUCCCCGAGUCCCUCAUCGCAGUCUUGACCAUCACUAUGGCUGUCGGUACCAAGGCCAUGGCGAAGGGCAAUGUUAUCGUCCGCAAGCUGGCGUCUCUCGAAGCUGUGGGCGGCGUGACCAACAUCUGUUCCGACAAGACGGGUACCCUUACCCAGGGCCGCAUGAUCACUCGUAAGAUUUGGCUGUCCGAGGAGACGACUGCCGUCAUUGAGGACUGCACCGAUCCCUACGACCCUGCCAGCGGUAGAAUCAAGUGGCCCGGCCUGACCAGCUCUGCCUCGAGUUCUGCCUCGACUCCCACCGUUGGAAACAGCGAUGACACGAUCCAGGCCUCCACGAUGGGCGCUUUCCUCAAGGCCAUCUCCCUCUGCAACAACUCUGUCGUCACCGACGGCAAGGCUACCGGCACCGACACCGAGUCGAUGACCACCGUGCAGACCGAAGUAGCACCCAACUGGUCCGCCAUUGGCGAGCCUACCGAGAUUGCGCUUCACGUCUUCGCCAUGCGCUUCGGCAAGGGCAAGGCCGACGUCGUUCAGGGCGACAACAGCAGACUGGUUUCCGAAUUCCCCUUUGACUCUUCUGUAAAGAUGAUGUCUGUUGUUUAUGAGGCCUCCAAGGUCCGCAACAUCUACACCAAGGGUGCCGUCGAAGUCAUGAUGGCCCGUCUCAACGAGACCGAGGAGGUCAAGGCUCGCAUCGCUGCCAAGGCUGACGAGCUUGCCUCCGAGGGCCUUCGUGUCCUUUGCGUUGGAUCCCGACCUCUGUCUGACGAUGAAGAUGCCACCAAGCGCGAGGAGACGGAGAAGGGCUUUCGCUUCCUCGGCCUCGCCGGUCUCUACGAUCCUCCUCGUGUCGAGACUCUCGGCGCUGUGCGCAUGCUUGAAGCGAUGCACCGCCGCAAGGCCUUCUGUAUCAUGACGGGUGAUGGUGUCAACGACUCGCCCGCUCUGAAGAAGGCCGAUGUGGGUAUUGCCAUGGGCAAGCGAGGCAGUGACGUCGCCAAGGAGGCGGCUGAUAUGGUUCUUACAGAUGACAACUUCUCGUCCAUCGUUACUGCAAUUCAACAGGGCCGGCGCUUGUUUGACAAUAUCCAGAAGUUCCUUCUCCAUCUUCUGAUUUCCAACAUUGCACAGGUUUUCCUUCUAUUGAUCGGCCUGGUCUUCCAGGACGACUCUGGCACGUCCAUCUUCCCCUUGUCUCCUAUUGAGAUUUUGUGGGCGAACCUUAUCACUUCGUCAUUCCUCGCCAUCGGUCUGGGCCUUGAAGAGGCUCAGCCCGAUAUCCUCUACCGCAAGCCUCACGACCUGCGUGUUGGUGUCUUUACCUUCGACCUGGUCCGCGACAAGAUGAUCUAUGGUGUGUGCAUGGGAUCUCUCUGUCUCGCUGCCUUCGCAUCCGUCACCUACGGCCCCGGCGGCGGCGAUCUUGGACACGGCUGUAACGAAGGAUACAAUCCCUCCUGCGAUGUUGCUUUCCGCGCCCGUUCGACGACCUUCUCGACGCUGAGCUUCCUUCUGCUUGUCACAUCCUGGGAGGUCAAGCACUUCCAGCGCAGCUUGUUCAACAUGGAGCCUGAGUCUCACAGUGGACCCUUGUCUGUUUUCAAGACAGUCUGGAAGAACCGCUUCCUCUUCUGGGCCGUUAUUGGCGGCUUCGUCAUGACGUUCCCCGUUGUCUACAUCCCUGUUAUCAAUCACGCAGUGUUUAAACACACUGGCAUCACAUGGGAAUGGGGCAUUGUUGCAGGUUGCGUUGUUGUAUACAUUGCCCUUUUCGAGACUUGGAAGGCCAUCAAGCGCAAGCUUGGUCUUGGCGUCCAGGUUAGCCUGCCGCCCCCGGAGGACCAGGUUUAA